AUGGAAGACUCAACAAUCGCACUGGACCAUAUCGCCAAUCUGAUCCUGACAGCACCCUCAAGAGAGCUCUAUCAUGCCUCCAUCGCCUGGUUCGAGAAGCUUGGCUUCAAGUCGAUCAUGACCGAGUCCUCGGUCGAGACAACUGCCACCUGGAUGCAGCUCUUUUCGUCUUCAGCUUCGAUUCACGAUACAUCCUUGAAGAUUGUCUACGCGUCGUCGGGAGCCAAGAAGCUGCCCAUAUCUGCAAAGAUGGACUGGCGUAGCAUGCCUGCCGUUGCUACCAUCACCACUAAUACUUUGAAGGCCAUUGAGACCCUCUUCGCCAGUCUGCCCUGGUCUUAUCAGCGCUAUUCCGUCCCCUCAAAGAACGGAUCCGGCAAUGGCGACUUCUCCGCCAUCUACACCCAUGAUCCCAUGAACAACCUCUUGAUCUUCACCGACAAGCCCAACCCCUUCGAGGCUCCCAAACGCCAAAACCAACACGCCCACGACCAUGAAGAUGCUUCUUCUGAACCCGCAAUGGCUUCCAUCACACGGUCCGCCACCACCUCAAAGAGACGCAAGAUCGCCAUCCUCACCUCUGGAGGAGACGCUCCCGGCAUGAACGCCGCCGUCCGUGGAGUUGUUAGAGCUGCCAUCACCCGAGGAUGCGAUGCUUAUGCCGUCCAUGAGGGUUACCAAGGGCUUGUCGAUGGUGGCGAUAUGAUUAAAAAGAUGGGCUGGGACGAUGUCCAGGGAUACCUCAGCACAGGUGGUACCGUUAUCGGAACCGCUCGUUGCAAGGCUUUCCGCGAACGCCCCGGUCGUCUUUUGGCCGCCAGAAACUUGGUCAGGGAGGGAAUCGACGCCCUUGUUGUCUGCGGAGGAGAUGGUUCCUUGACCGGUGCUGAUCUCUUCCGUUCCGAAUGGCCCAGCCUGUUGGAGGAGCUCGUCAAGACCAACGAGUUGACUUCCGAAGAAGCCGAGAAGUACGCUCACCUCAACAUUGUGGGACUCGUUGGAUCCAUUGAUAAUGAUAUGUCUUCGACCGACAUCACCAUCGGCGCCGUUACUUGUCUCCACCGUAUCUGCGAAAGCAUCGACUCCAUCUCCAGCACUGCCUCCAGUCACUCUCGCGCGUUUGUCGUUGAGGUCAUGGGACGCCACUGCGGUUGGCUUGCCUUGAUGGCUGGUAUCGCUACUGGAGCCGACUUUAUCUUCAUCCCCGAACGUCCCCCAUCUGGCGAGAACUGGCGCGAUAACAUGUGUGCCGAAAUCAAGGCUCACCGUGACUUGGGCAAGCGCAAGACCAUCGUUAUCGUUUGCGAGGGCGCCAUCGACAGCAACCUCAAUCCCAUCACCUCCAAGGACAUGAUGGAUCUCUUGACCGACCGUCUCCACUUGGACACCCGUAUGACCAUUCUCGGACACGUCCAGCGUGGAGGCAAGCCCUGCGCCUUUGACCGAAACCUCGCCACUAUGCAGGGAGUCGAGGCCGUCGAGGCUGUCUUGGCCAGCAAGCCUGGUAUCCCCAGUCCUAUGAUCGGCAUGAACGAGAACAAGAUCACUCGCACUGACUUGAUGAAGGCCGUCGCUUUGACUGGAGAGGUCGCCAAGGCUAUUGGACGCAAGGACUUUAUUGGUGCUAUGGAGCUUCGUGACCCUGCCUUCAACCAGCAGUUCGACCAGUUCUCGGCCAUCUCCACCGCCACCUCUGUCAAUGAAUCUGCAGAGCCCAAUAAGAACUCGCUGCGUAUCGGUAUCAUCAACGUCGGUGCUCCCGCAGGUGGUAUGAACGCUGCCGUCCGUGCUGCUGUCCGCUACGCUCGCAACCGUGGACACGUCCCCUUUGGUAUCCACAACGGCUUCCCUGGGCUCAUGGCUGGUCUUUUCAAGGAGUUGAAGUGGAUGGACGUCGAUGGAUGGAUUGCUCACGGAGGAAGUGAGCUCGGUACCAACCGAGACCAACCUUCUCUUGAUCUCGGUAUGGUUUCCUACCAGCUCCAGAAGUUCAACAUCCAGAGUUUGAUCUUGGUCGGUGGUUUCGAGGCUUACACUGCCUGUCUCGAGAUGAGCAAUGCCCGCAACGUAUACCCAGCCUUCUGCAUGCCCAUGGUCCACAUCCCCGCCACCAUUAGUAACAACGUCCCCGGUACUGAGUUCAGUUUGGGAUGCGACACCAGUUUGAACGCCAUCAUGGAUGCCUGCGAUGCCAUCAAGCAGAGUGCCACCGCCAGCCGAAAGCGCGUCUUUGUCGUCGAGGUCCACGGAGGCAAGUCUGGUUUCUUGGCUGUGAUGUCUGGACUCGCCGUCGGUGCUACUUCGGUCUAUAUCCCCGAGGAGGGCAUCAACCUUGCCCGUCUCCAGAAGGAUGUUCGUCACUUGUGCCAGCGCUACGGUGAGGAUGCCGAGGGCAAGUCUCAGGGUCGUGUCAUCAUCCGGUCCGAGAGCGCUUCCAAGACCUACUCCACCGACAUUGUGUCAGCCAUUAUCAAGGAGGAGGGUCACCAGCAGUUCGAUUCCCGCACCGCCAUUCUUGGUCACAUUCAGCAGGGCAACUCGCCCUCGCCCUUGGACCGUGUCCGCGCCACCCGCUUUGCCGUUUGCGCGAUCGACUUUUUGGAGAGCCAUAUCGAGCACGAUGCCACGAACGGCCCCACUGUCUACACCAAGGACCCCUCGAGCAUCGCCGUUGCUGGUAUCCAGGGUAGCAAAGUCAGCUUCACCAGCGUUGAAGAGUUGUUGAAGGACACGGAUAUGAAGAACCGUAAGCCCAUCCAAACCUGGUGGAUGGACUACAAGCGCACUGGCAACUUGCUUGCACGCCGCAUGGACCUUCUUUAA